AUGGACACGACGCCGACAUCGAGGUCGGAGUCGCUGCGCCGCAGGCCGCCAGAUGACCCCGUGCAGUCGAAGAUGCAGGAGAUUCUACCCUAUGAGCUGCUGUUUGACACAUUCUUGGCCGUGCAUCAGGAACUCAAGGCGCCGCAGCUUCGCAAGGAGAAGAACAUCCACGACUUUGUCACCCAACAUGAAGAUGGCGUGAAAGCCGCGCAGCAAGUGCUGGUCACUCGCAAGGACUUUGACACGUUGAAGAUCAUUGGGCGCGGGGCCUUUGGAGAGGUGCAGGUGGUGCGGCACAAGGUGUCGAAGAAGGUGUACGCAAUGAAGAUCCUCAACAAGUGGGAAAUGCUCAAGCGCAAGGAGACUGCGUGCUUCAUGGAGGAGCGCGACGUGCUUGUGUUUGGAGACCGCAAGUGGAUCACGCAGCUCCACUUUGCCUUUCAGGACGAGGACAACUUGUAUCUUGUGAUGGAGUAUUAUUCUGGCGGUGAUAUUCUCACGCUCCUCAGCAAGUUUGAGGACCGGAUGGAGGAGGACAUGGUCCGCUUCUACGCCGCGGAGGUCAUUCUCGCCAUCGACUCUCUCCACCGCCUCGGAUACGUCCACCGUGACAUCAAACCAGACAACAUCGUGCUGUCAAAGAACGGGCACAUUCGCCUGGCGGACUUUGGUUCCUGUGUUAAACUCGACGACAACGGGCUGGUUGACAGCCAGGUCGCUGUUGGCACGCCCGACUACAUUUCCCCGGAGAUUCUCAUGUCGAUGGAGGGCAAGGGCAAAUACGGGCGGGAGGUUGACUGGUGGUCGCUGGGCGUCUGCAUGUACGAGAUGCUCUGCGGCGACACACCCUUCUACUCCGAGACGCUCGUUGGAACUUACGGCAAAAUCAUGGACCACGCUGUACCUUACGGCAAAAUCAUGGACCAUGCUGACCUGAUACGGCGGCUGCUGUGCGAUUCGUCGAAGCGGCUGGGCCGCCACGGCAUUGACGACUUCAAGAAGCACCCCUUCUUCAACGGCGUCAACUGGGCUGCAAUCCACACAGAGGAAGCGCCGUACAAGCCAACGGUGACCAGCUCAACAGACACCAGCAACUUUGACCCCGUCGAAGACCAGCCGGCACCAAGCGCCAAGCGGCCGGCAACAGGGCGCACUUUUUCGGGCAUGCAUUUGCCGUUUGUUGGCUUCUCCUUUACAUCUCGCCGAACAACCAUGGCUGAGCUUCGGCGGAGUUCGAGCGACCUGCUUGACGUGACGUCGCCGAGCAGGAAGCUGCAGCGCAACAACAGCCUGCUCGUCAGCACAAACCAGAAGCUUGAGCUGCGUGUGCUGGAACUCGAGCGACAACUGCAGGAGGCAACCGGUGGUGGUGGGAAGAACAACACGGACAACAGCAGUCAUGGCAGUGGCAGUGAUGAGACAGCAGCGAGCGGAAAGAAAGGCGGGAUUCGUCGCAGUCAGCGCCCAAAGUCUGUGCACCUGCGGUCGGCACUGAGCACGGACGGCUCGCAGACGACGCUUGAGCUGGCAGAGGCAAAGCGCAAGCUCAACGAAGCAAACGUACGCAACAUGCGGCUGGAGAAGGAGAUGGCAUCGGUGAAGGAGAAGCUUGAGGCUGCAGAGACGCGCGCAGACGAGGCAGAGCACACGGCGGCGACGUUCAAGGCCAAGCUGGCCACGGAGGCCGACAACACAAAGACACAGCAGGAGGCAAGCGCUGCGGCGUCCAAGGAGGUGUCGAAGCUGACGCUGCAGGCGCAGUCGCUGGAGAGCGAGUGCACAGAGCUGCGUGAGGAGCUGGAAGACUUGCAGCUGCAGCACCAGCAGCUGAAGAAGUCGGCCGGCAGCAGCAAGGAGCAAGUGCUUGACCUGGAGGACAAGCUCGCGCACGCAGAGACACAGAUCCGCCAAUUGAAGCGAACGAAGGUGGAGCUUGAAGACAAGUACGACAACGCCAAGGAGCUGCUUGUGCUUGAGCAGCGGUCUGUGAAGGAGCUGACGGCCAAGCUGCAUGAGGCCGGCAGCGUGUCGUCGUCGACGUCCAAGGAGGCGGAGCAGCGCACUGCGGAGCUGCGCGAAGCAGAACAGCGCAUUGCCCAGCUCCAAACCAAGCUCAGGGAGCAGAACGAGGCGCACACGGCCUCCAUCUCGGAGCUCGAGCAGCAGCUGCUGGGCGCGCAGGCGGCGGCGCGGCGGCACGACGCUUCGGCUGUGCAGAAGGCUGUUGAGCAGGCGCGCGAGCAGCACCAGCAGGAGAAGGAGCGCCUGCUGGCCACAAACCAGCGGCUGCAGACGACCGUGGCCGGGCUGCGGGAGGAGGUGCAGCUGGCCAAGGCCAGGAGCGACGAGCAGCAGACAGUCCUCAAGCAGCGCAUCUCACAGCUGGAGGCAGACAUGAAGGAGUCGUCCAAGCUGGCGCACGCCGAGCUGCAGCGCGAUUUGGACCGUGCUGUGCGGGAGGUUGAUGCCAGCCGUACGUCUGUCAAGGAGCUCGAGGCGAGCAACGACGCCCUCCGCGCCGACAUGCAGACAAAGGAGGAGGACAUUACUGCGUUGCAGGCGGAGGUGGAGCGGCUGAUGGUGGUGACGGAGACGCAGGAGCAAGAGCUGGAGCGCUUGCGGUCGCAGUCGUCUGCCGGGUACGACGUGGAAGACACCCUGGCGGAGCUGGUGCAGCAAGUCAAGGAGUACGAGGACGCGCACGCUGAGCUCGACCGCCUCAAGGCCGCUGUGGAGGCAGAGCUGCAGAGCUUGAAGGAACUCCGGCUCUCGCCCAAGACGUUCCUGGAGAAGCACCAGCGGCAGCAACGGCGCAACCAGAAGGUUGAGCGACUUGAGCUGCGGCAGCUGCAGCAGGAGCGCGAUCAGGAGGCCCAGGCGAAAAACCAGGCCCUCGCCGAGCUCAAUGCCCUGCGCGCCCGCCAAGAGGCAGAAGCACAGGAACUCAUCGCCAUCCGCUCCGAGAACAAAGCGCUGAAGAACGAGGUGAAUCUGCUCGCUGAGGAGCGGGAUCGCCUGCAGCAUGACGCAAAACGACGCGGCUCGCUGUCCUCGGGCUACACCCUCAACGUCUCCCAGCAACACGACGCUGCCUCCAGUCGUAGCAGCACACACAACGGCCACACCGGCCGCGACUCUCGCAUUUCUCGUGCAUCCUAUGCGGCUGGCCAGUUGAAGGAACUGCCACUGGUGGAGGGCAAGUUGUUUGUCCCCAAGCCGGCCGGUGUGCGCAAAGGAUGGCUGGAGGCAUAUUGCCGCGUGGAGGCUGGCGUCAUGCGCGUGCACGCACUCAACACACGUCUUCAGCGCGCCGAGUCUGUUGCGGCGCUGGCACCGCUUGACUCUGGGAUUGCACUGGCAAAACGCCAUCCAAUUGUCAUGGUCGACCUCAUCAGGAACCGCGUCGACGUGGACGCUGUGACCUCUGCGGAUGUGAUCCACGCCAACUCGCGGGACAUUCCUCGCAUCUUCAAAAUGACGGUGGUGGAGCAUGGCACGAACCUCAAGUUCACGCUCCUGUUUAUGGCCCACGAAGUCAAGGCCCAGACCGACUGGCUCGCCAAGUUCCGUCGCUACCUGCACGCUGCCCGCAAGUUUGCACCACCGCUGGACGUGGUGUCGUCAUCGCGUGUCGCGUCGUCACUCGACUGUGCGGAGAUCAAGGCAGUGACGUGUGCCGCUGUCAUUGACCAGCAGACGGCCAUCGUCGGCGGGCCGUUUGGGCUCUUGCUCGCCAAGCUCAAGUCGCGCACGUUUGUUCCCUUUGCAGACUCGAAGCGCUUGACGCACGUCUCGCACGUGUCUGCUCUGCCCGACCAGAAUCUGAUUGUGGUUGUGUACGGCAAGACGCCCCAGGUUCGCCUCUUUGACCUCAAGGCGUCGAUUCGGCGUGGCGACGAAGGAACCAAGCUGCCCGAGACCAAAGGAUGCUCCCUUGUGGCGACUGGUGUUCUGAAGGGACAGGCUAUUCUGGCUGUUCUCAUCAAGAAAACCGUCCUCGUGAUCCCCGUCGAGCCAACCGGCCAGCCAGACACGCCACGGGAGGUAGUGCUACCUGCGCCGGCCACGCUGCUGACGUUCCUGGACGGCUAUCUUGCCGUUGCGUAUGACUCAACUUUCACGCUGUACGACUGCGCAAAGCUGCGGCCGCAAACCCUCAUCGCCCCCGGCUUUGAGUCGAUUGAGUUUGCGCUUCCAAGCAACGCGGCAAAGCACGGGCUGGAGCCCCGCAUGGUGCUUGAUGUCACGCCCAUGCGUGGGGCGGUGCGGGAGCUGCUGCUGUGCUUCAACAAGGUUGGCCUGUUUGUGACGGAGAUUGGCUACCCGGCACGGGAGAAGCCGUACAUCAAGUGGUCGGUGGACGCGACGUCGUUUCUGGUGCACGAGCAGCUGCUGUUCUGCAUCGGCAGCAGCCAUGUCGAGGUGCUGGAUGUCAUCACGGGCGAGUUUGUGCAGGUGGUGCACUUGCCAAACAUGCGGCUGUGCAACCCGAGGCAGCUGCUGUUCACGGCGCAGGCGUCUGACUCAACCUGCCUCGUGCAGCUGUGGCCAACAGAGGAGGAGCCCUACUUCAACCUGGCCUACCUGAAGAAGGUUGGGCACGGCGCUGGCGCUGGCGUUGGCGGCGGCGGCAAGACCAUGUCCACCAAGCACACGUCACGGCGCAUGACGUUUGCGACGAGUGGGCGGCGCGCAAGCAAGGCCCCGCUGGAACGCCUGGACAGCAGCAUCAUCUCCACCCCGCGCGACUUUGUGCAUGUGGAGCACCGUGGGAGCUCCUCCAUGUUGACCGGCCACGACACCACAAAUGCCGCCACAGCAGCAAGCAGCAGCAGCAGCAGCAGCGGCAACCGCUCGCACCUGCACGCGCCCAUGCACCUGAGCCUGACACGGCCGCGACCAACCACGCCGCCGGAUGCCAGCGGAUACAAGACGCCUCCUCGCGUGCAGAGCCCGGCGUCGCCAGAACGCACAAUCAAGCGGCAGCCGCAGCACGUGGCGCGCACGACGGACGGGGCAGAGAAGGAGGAGAGCGGUGCAGGUGAUGAGGGCAGCGUGACCUCGCCCAUGUCGCGGCGUGAUUCGUUUGGGCAGCUGGCCACGCUGGUGAACGAUCCAAACACGCGAUUCACGGAGCUGUACAAGGCCAUGUCUCGGCAGAGCAUCUUCAACGAGGAAAGCGGCAAUGAUGACGACAACAGCGGUGGUGGUGGGCGAUGGUGAUGGUCGUGGUGAUGGUCGUGGUGAUGGUGCACCCAAUGGCCGAUCACAGCAGCGCGGGCGCGACAGCAGAAGACACCUUCCUUCUGAUGUGUCAACUGAUUUGGUGUAGGGAGCUGCAUGUCUGUCCGCCUGUGUGUCUGUGUGCGUGUGUGUGUCUGCGUGUGUGUGUGUGCGUGUGUGUGUCUGUAUCUGUCUGUGCGUGUGUCUGUAUCCGUCUGUGCGUGUGUCUGUAUCCGUCUGUGCGUGUGUGUGACGUGACAUUUUCGCUGCUUCACUAGCUUCUGCUUCCAUGUGGUGCCGUUGCUGUUCGACUCCGUACAGCUGAGUGUGUGCGCGCGUUUGUUCUGCUUUGUCGAUACGAAUGAUGAUGGUUUGGGACCAGCAAGCAAGCACGUUUCUGUGGUUUGCUUCUGUUUUGCUUCUUCUUCUUGUUUCUUUUGGCCCUGUUGCUUUUGUGGUUCCUCUUUACUGCUGACGUGGUGUGUGAUUUCACAUUCAUGGUCAGGUGUCGUAACGUAAUAAUUGAAUCCACGCAUUCAGAUUCAACCUCUCAAAACAAAGACGAACGACAUGCUUGUUGGCAUGUAUGUGUG